AUCCAAGUGGUUGGUUCUCUGCAGCUUUUUAUCAUCUACAUAAAAUGGACAGAAGAAAUUCCAGAAUCCAUCAAUGCCUAAUUUGUAAAAAUUAUCACCCUCUUAGAUAUUGUAGACAGUUCUUAAAAAUGGCGGUCAAAGAUCGUCGUCGUGCUGUUGUUCGCCAUAAGUAUUGCUUAAAUUGUUUGGCCCGUUCGCAUAAAACAGCGCAGUGCACAUCAACUAAUUUAUGCCAACGUUGCGAAAGGGGACACCACACCCUACUCCAUGAACCAAUUCAACAAAGACUACAACCAGAACGAUGCCGAGCUGACAGAAGAAGAGUUCUAAAAAACAAAUGCCAACGUCCAACUACACAAUUGCGUCCAGCCGAGAGAGGUGGUCAUAACUCAGCAAAUUCUAGACUACGUUAUGGUAAUAACAGUAAUUCAGAAAAAUCUCAACGGUGCCUGGAGAAAGCUUUUCGUAUAUUGAACCAGCUCAAACGCGCUCUAUAAUUGUUGCCCUUUCCGGCCAAGGGGGGCAGGAUGUUGAAAGUAGUUUCCCUCUGAUGUUAUUUUGAAUUAUUUGAAUUGAUUAUCUAAUUUACCUUACCUUAUUUUGAAUUACCAUGUAAUAGUUUUUAAGUCACUGUUGAAACAUCCCAGUAUUCCAAAUUAAUAGUAUGGCAACAAGUUAACCAUCCUCUUUGUGUGUUGUUGUAUUGAGUGGAGGCCGAGGCUUCUUGGUGUUGCCACGAAGAAGUCUCGAUCUCCUUUUACUACAGCAUCACAUCCAAGUGGUUGGUUCUCUGCAGCUUUUUAUCAUCUACAUAAAAUGUAAGUUGUAUCCCAUACACCCCUCUAAAUAAAAGACAACCAUAUCAUCCCAUUUUGAACUCAA